AAAUGUGCCCUGGCUGACAGCUGUCACCAGAACCAAAACAAAUCGAUUCAGGAAAAAUAUAAAUAGUAUAUUUAUUAAAAAACUCCCCUUCCUUAUAAUAAAAAUAAAAAAGCCAAAAUGGCGGGCCAACAACAACCCACUCCGUCCCUCAACCAAUACUUCGGCUCCGACAAGGAACCCACCGAUUUCACCAAAGAACUUAUGGAAACCACCAACCAAAUAAGCAAUCUGAGACUCGCACAGUCAAACAGUGACUUGAAUGUGGGCAAAAAGGAGCCCGAGGUGUGUAGGAUUUUCGCGGAAACAUCUCUGGACGUUAAAGAUCCCACUGCCGCUUUUUUUGAUCUUAUUGGCAAUGAUGCCAGGAAGUCGGAGAGUGAAGGGGCUGUCGGAGGCAUUUCUUUAAAGGGAGAAUCGAUGUACAUACCGAAAGUUCAAACUACAGCAGAAUCCGACAGAAGACGUGACGCCUGGAUCCCCAUAGAACGCACCAGACAAGCCCUGAUUGCUUGCGCCACUUCACAACCUGGUACCUACGUGCCCGAUCCUGAAAUGCUCACUAUGCCCGGGGUGAUAAUCGAAGAAGAAUUGGGCGACAGCAUCGGUGAAGCCGUUGGUGUGUGCUUGGGAGAAGCUGAGGCAGCACAAAGACGAAGUUUGACCGCUGGGGAUGUUACUCAAGAUGAGAGAGGCCUUAGGGAGUUAGUACAGGCAGGUGCCUUCAGGGCUGCAAUAAACUUAACAGGACGACUCCUCACCAUCUACGGACAGGGACAAGGACGUCAGGGUCAACCAACCAAACACUCUCCUCACUCUCUACAACUCUGGUUUACUCGGCUUGCCUUACUUGUAAAAAGUAAGGCGUUCAAUAUUGCCCAAGCGGAAGCGGAGCCGUUUGGUCAACUGGAAAAACCGGACGUAUUUUACCAGUUCUACCCUGACAUGUACGGAGGUAGACCUGGUUCUAUGGCCUCGUUUAGUUUUCGCUUACUGUUAGCCGAAUUGCCAAUGCAUUCGGGCAAAUCGACGGAAUCGUUGACGAAGUUGUUUAGUGUCUUGGCUACAGUGAGAAAGAUGAUUAGUAAUUUAAAGGAGGGCUUAUGUGAGGAUGGAAACCCAAUGGAAAUCAGCGAGGGAGACAGAAAAGACUCCAUUAAACUGUGGAGCGGUCGGGAGGCCAGGGUGAUGCAUUCGAUCAUAAAUUGCGCCAUCAGUAUUAAAGAUUUCGAACUAGCAAUGGAUCUGUUAGGGCAACUUUGUGAAAGAGACGGGGCACCGAAGCAUGCCCUUUUGUCCGCCCUAGGGCGUUUACACUUGCAGUUGGGUAACAUUCCUGGGGCAGAAAUAUGUUUUAACGAGGCAUCCCAAAUAGGACCCACUGGAGUACGUGAAUUGGUUGAUAAAGGUUUAUUGGCCAUCGCUCAAAAUAAUUUUGAUGAGGCUUAUGUGGCUUUUCAACAGGCUAGUAACUUAGAACCGUCCAAUAUUAUGAUCCUGAACAAUAUGGGUGUUUGCUUGCUUUACGGCGGCCAUCUAAAAGAAGCAAUUGCAGUGCUAGAAUCUGCGAUUUCUCAUAAUCCAAUGCACGCCUUACACGAAUCCCUCAUACUAAACCUUUGCACUUUAUAUGAUAUGGAGUCCUCAAAAGGGAUAACGAAAAAGUUCGCGUUGUUAAGACAAAUAUCCAAAUAUAGCGCCGACGCUCCCACUGCCAUAUUAGAAAAACUGUAUGGGUGAGGCAGGCAAAGUUCCUUUUUUGAUUAGUUUUGUUUUGAAGCGUUCUGUGUUUAUUUUAUUUGGUUAAUUUUGAGAUAGAAAAGAAACGUCGUGGAGAAGUUUUAAGGUCACAUUAAGAAUGUAAUUUUUAACCGAAACGCACAUUGAUUUAUAUGUUGGUUUAUAAACAUGCCUAUUAUUAAAAUGGCUAAACUUGUAAAUACUUAUUGAUUGAAUAUUAUAGUCAAUUAUUAUAAAUUGAAUAGAACUACAGUUUGGGAGAUUUUGUCCGGUUGUUAUGUUAUUUAUUAAAAAUUUUAUGUCUACUUGUUAUCGUUUGUCGCAUUUACCUUUUAAAGAAUAUAUGAGCCAUAUAUAACAAAUGGGACCAGCGUUAGUUUUUAUAAUUAUCCAAUAAAACUCUUGAAGCUUGACUUUUUUAUAUAACAUAUUAUGGUUUUUUAAUUAAAUAUCCUUUAGGUAUAUACUAUAUAAGAGUUCUUGACGUAGCACUUAGAGGUUCUUGUUCUUGGCUUAAAAACUUUAUACUUCAUAGAAUAUAUAUAGGACCAAACAUUCAAAUGUCUUGUAAAGGUCAUUUAAACAUAUUUUAUCUUAAAUUUCUAAUAAAUAAAAUUAUUCUA